AUUCACACGAAGCCAAAGCGCAGGUAUGCGACGACAGCUGGCAGCAGACGCCAACUCAUUCACUUUGGAUCUGCCUGCUUGCGUUUUCCUUCUUUCUGCAGGUCGUUGCUUGUGUGGUACUUGUGUGUGUGGGAUUCGCUGUCACCAUGGCGCACGCGUGGUACCAUUCCGAGGACCUCCUCACCAGCGGGCUCUGUGAGCUGGUGUUCGCCCUCGUCGUCGUGGGAUUCAUCCUCAUGUACAUGUGCAUGCAAACACUCCAGAAAGAAGAGGCCAAUGCGCGCGGUGACAGGCGCUGUGGAUGGUGUGCUGUGCCUGCAGGUCAAGUGGGUUCGGUGUCCGUAUCGAAUGCGACUGGCAGCGGAUGCAUGUAGGAAAGCAAAGCGAAUCAAUCGAGGGGUGCUUCUGGAAUGGAAUGGAUGGCGACUGCUCGUGUGGGUAACCCUCAUUGCAGACGGCCCAGCUGGCGUUUGUGAUCCACGCGCUGAUCCAGAUCUCGCUGGGCUACGUACUACCGGCGUGGAUGUGGUCAGCCAGCAACAGCCACACCCACAGCAGCACAAGGCACACUGAAGAAAUGCACUCGCCAUCCGUUUGUGUGUGCGUGUAUGUGUCCGUGCAGGUACUACCGAGGCACGUGGUUCAAGAUCAUCUUCAUCAUCUUGUCGUGGCUGACGCCCCUGCGGCACUUUGUGGAGGCGCUGUCGGACAAGAUGCGGGAGAGCAAGGUGUCCGAGCAGUUCUUCCUCUUCGCCUUCCUCGUCCACUCCAUCCAGUAUGUGUGGCUGCUCGUCAAGUAUCUGAAUGACUAAGGCGUUGGGCGUGGACGUGGGCGUGAUAAGGCAAUUCCCCUCUCUGGGCGUGGAUGGGGUUUUCUCACAUAUGUAGGCCAUCGUGCAUGAUUCCGUCGUACGUGUGGGUGUGUGUAUGGGUCUUCCGUGCUUAGCGGCGGUAUUGGUGCCGCUGUGUGGCUGGGGUGCCGGGUUUUCUCGUUGAGUGGUGGGGCGCUCGUUUGUCUUUCGUGGGUAGGCUACGUUAUUUGCAUCGAUCAUGUUCAUGUGUGUGUGUGUGUGGAUAUGUAUAUGUAUGGUACGUGUACGACUUGAAAGCACCGACACGCAUCUUUUUCCCCUCCUCGUCUAUUGGUCAACGACGUGUCCCUGUCUGUGAGACUAUGAGCGUGGUUGUUGUCUGACAUCGGCAUCGGGCAGCGCUGGGCAGGAGUGGAUCCAAGCAGUUCACAUUGCCGAACGUGCCAGCUGGCGAGUUGGGCGAUAUGUGCUGCUUGCAGAUCAACCCUGUUCAGGCGGCGCUUGGGUAUGUGUCCGCUCACGAGUCAGACUGACGGACAUCCUCGUACAUUUGUCUAAUGGGACAGACUGUUAUACAGCCAACGCGAUGC